UUCACAAGCUGUUAUGUAAGCAUCUGGCAACUCCGCAAACGCCAUUGCUAAAACCGAAAUAAUUGUUUUCUAGUGUUUUACAAAAUCGAUAAGAUAAAAUUCUCGUCGAAUUAAAGUAUUUGUAGCCAUACAUAAGUUCAGUUUUUGCUACUCGCUUAGAAAUGGAACCCACAAUUAAAUAUGAAAAUUGUGAGGAUAUGUUUAUAGGACAGUCAAGCAUAGUGCCUACAGCACCGGGACAAAAGCGACAUUUCAACGAGUUGGGAGAAGUGAACCAAUGGGAGGGUGGUACUGGCCCUUAUUAUCAGGACAAUAGGUGUGAGCAAUCAAAAGCGCAAAAUUCUGGAUUUUUAGCACCAUCGCAACAGACGUUCUAUUCUCAGACGCAAAAUGCUCCUGUUGGUCAACAAGACAUCAAACCAGCCAAACGUUGUCGUCGUGGGGAAAGCGCUGUACUAUUUUCCCCGCCUUUCUUCGAGCUGCCCGAAAGCAAUAACGAAAAUGGUGAUAUAUUCGUUGCACGUUGCGUUUCCUGUCAGGUUAUGCUACGUGGCCAUAAAAAUGUAUCGUCGAAUUUCAUUAAGCACAUGAAACGUUCACAUCCAGAGGUACACAAAAUGUAUGAGCAGUACAAACUUCUAAGACAACAUGGAUUUGGACAAAUGAAUAUGAACUUACUUGCAAACAAGCCACAGGCUGGGGCUGAUGAACAAAACUUUAUAAAUGCAAGUGCAUUCCAAGAAAGCACACCAUCAAGCACCAAUGUUACAGGAGCUGACGCCACUGAAAAUGAACAAAACUCUGAAACCACCGAAAAUUCGCAACCAAACUCCAACACCGAUUUAAUCGAUACCACCGAAAAUUCAGUUGAUUCCCAGGUCAAUAAAAAUUAUGUACAUGAUAGUGCUCAAGCAGAAGUUAAUUUAUCAAGUAAAACUUUACAAGCAAUGAGCAGAAUGUUCGAUGAGAAACUCAAGUCAUUCGCCACGAAGUCGGAGCUCAGCGAGGUGACUAAAAAUAUUAUCAACCAAGUACGAUCGCGUCAAAGUACUCCUUGUUCUACUGCAGUAACAGAGGACAAUGAAGAUGAAGGAGGAGAUCAAGAUAAAUAUAAAACUAUACAAAGAGAACUCCAACUUAUGCGAGAACGUCUAGAACACUCUGAACAAAGCAAGCGAAUUCUGCAACGGGAACUGCAUACACUUGAGAAAGUCGUACGCAGGCGUAAAUUAAUUAUAAACAAUAUACCAGUAGCACCUAAUCAACAGCCACAGCAAGCUGUCGAACAGUUAUUUAGGGAACGUUUCAACAUGCCAAAUGUGCAGUUGGAAAGCGUUUGUGUUAUAGGAAAUAGAAACAGGAUACACCACGACAGGCAGAUCCUGCUUGUUGAAGUUGUGCACGAAGUCGAUGUAAAUGCAAUAUUUAGGAAGAGCGCUUGUUUAAAAAAUACUGGUAUUUUUAUUGAGUCGCAGAUGUCCCAAAUCUCACUAAAAAGAAAGGAAAAGCUUUUGGUUUUGCGCCGUGAAAUGUUGCGCAGGAAUGCUUCAUUAAAGGUUAUGGUACGCAAUACCCAGCUGUUGGUAUGCGAUACAUUUUUCUAUUGGGAUGAUUUGCUGGGAUUAUGUAUGGGCAAUCUAGAUACACCUGAAACGGAAAUUAUAAGUGGAGAUGAGGCGGCUGAAGAAUUACAGAAAUUAACAAAACUUGACAUGAAGGAGUUUCUCAAUGUUUUAAAAACAUACGAGAUAAGAUAAAUUUGCACUUAUACGCCAUCAAUUUCAUAAAAACGCAUUAACGUAUUUUAAGUAAAUUUUACUUAUUGUGAAUUAAAGCAUAAAUGUUUAUCCUAAUAUUCAAUUUUAAACUUAUAUAUGUACAUAUAUGUAUGUAACUAACAUUGGAUACUAAUAAUAAAUAAAAUCCAGCUGA